CGUGCAUUCACACUCAAUCUUUUCUUCCUUUUUUUUGCCAUCGUCACUUGUCUGCUGGACUGAUCGCUCAAGAUGGCAGAAGAGAUCAAAAUAGACUCAAAAGCAUUCUUCAAACGUGCUUCAUCAAUCUUGGCAAGUUUCAAGGAUGCAGGAUCACCGGAGGAUGAACGAUUAAAUCGAUGCGAUGCAGUUUCUGUCCUUAUGGGUGGACAGAAUGAAGAAGUUACAUACUCAAAAACACUUUCACUGCAUACAUGGUUGCUCGGAUACGAAUUCCCUUCCACUUUGAUCGUCUUUACGAAGGAGAGCAUCAUCUUUGUCACAAGCGCCACUAAAGCAAAAUAUCUUGAGCCUUUCGUAUCCAACAAAGAAGGUAUCAAAGUUGAAAUCUUGAAAAGAUCAAAAAAUGAUGAUGAAAACAAAGCAAUUUGGAACGAUGUUAUAAAAAAGAUUACAGACCAAGGAAAGCGAAUCGGCAGUUUCACCAAAGAAACACAAAUCGGAAAAGUAGCAGAUGAAUGGAAAGCAGCACUGGAGGAGGCCAGAGCCAAAGAAGGCCUGGAAGAGGUCGAUGUAGGUGCAGCUUUCAGCGCAAUUUGGGCUUCGAAAGAUGAAGAAGAGCAGAAAUACUUAAAGACUGCCUCUAGAAUGUCCAGUGGUAUCAUGUCCAAAUAUUUCGUCGAUGAAAUGUCAACGACCCUGGAUGAUGACAAAAAGGUCUCCCAUGAAAAGCUGGCUGCAAGAGUUGAAGACAAAUUGGAAGACAAGGCUCUAUGGAAGAAGGUACGAAACUUGGAGUCUGCUGAUUUGAGUCUUGCAGAUUGGUGUUAUACCCCAAUCAUUCAAUCAGGCGGUGUGUACGAUUUACGCACUUCAGCGCAGUCGAAUUCAAACCGAUUAGAGGGUGCCAAUGGUGGAGGAGUAAUCCUUGCCAGUAUGGGAUUGAAGUACAAAAGUUAUUGCAGCAACAUCGGACGUACCUGGUUGAUCGACCCACACAAAACCCAACAAAAGACUUACACAACGCUCAUUGAACUACAGCACGAGAUCGCAGAAAAGUUCUUGCGAGCUGGUGAGACAUGUAAAUCAGUCUAUGAUCAGGCUGUGGAAUCACUGCGAGCAAAGAAUUCCAGCUUGGUCGAUCACCUUACAAAGAACAUUGGUUUUGCAACAGGCUUGGAAUUUCGCGACAGCACAUUUGUCCUUUGGCCCAAGAAUACCCGCAAGAUCAAACAAGAUAUGGUGUUCAACCUUGUCGUUGGCUUUGACGGUCUAGACGAUCCUGCACACCCCGGCAAAAAGUACUCUCUUCUUGUGAUUGACACCGUGCGAGUGACCAAUGGUGCUGCCGUUUUCCUGACAGAUCGCGUUGCAGCAGCAAGUGAAUCGAUCUUUUUGAAAGAUGACAGUGAUGAGGACGAGAAAGCAGAUGCCAAGUCAUCGACGAAGAAGAAGCAGGCACAUGUUGAUGGUUUAGAGGCAGGCGGCAAAGUGCUACGAAAUCGAACUCGCACUGAUGCGAUGGACACAAAUUCAGCUGACAAAUUUGCAAAACAUCAAAAAGAACUCGCUAUACAGAAGCAAGAGGAUGGCCUUAGCCGAUUCGCUGAUCAAGAUGGUGAAGGAUCGGAAGAGCGCGGAAAGACUUUCAAGAAGUUUGAAAGUUAUAAGAAGGAUCAUAUGGUCCCUAAUAAGACUGCAGAUUUGCGCAUCUUUAUUGAUCACAAAGCUCAAACGAUCUUCCUGCCCAUUUACGGAUUCUCAGUGCCAUUCCACAUCAACACUCUCAAAAAUGUUUCCAAAAGCGAUGAGGGCGAUUACACUUACCUUCGAUUCAACUUUAUCGCACCUGGACAGAUUGCCGGGAAGAAGGAAGAUGUCCCAUUCGAGAAUCCAGAUGCGACAUUUGUUCGAUCAAUGUCAUUCCGAUCCAGUGAGACUUCUCACUUUAGCGAACUUUAUCAUGAUAUUUCUGAAUUGAAGAAAUUGAAAACAAAAGAAGAAGCUGAAAAGAAGGAAUUGGCAGAUGUUGUAGAGCAAGAUAAAAUCGUUCUCAACAAAGGUCGUGUACAGACAUUAUCCGAUGUCUUCCCACGUCCUGCAUUGGAAGGCAAACGUGUGCCCGGUGGACUUGAAAUUCAUCAAAACGGUCUCAGAUUUGCAUCACCUAUCCGCCCAGAUCAGAAGAUUGACGUUCUUUUCAACAAUGUCAAACAUCUGUUUUACCAGCCUUGCGACAAUGAAUUGAUCGUGCUCAUUCAUGUGCAUCUCAAAGCACCUAUCAUGGUUGGAAAGAAGAAGACAAAGGAUGUGCAAUUCUACCGAGAAGCCAGUGACGUUCAAUUCGAUGAAACCGGUAACCGUAAAAGAAAAUACAGAGGAGGAGAUGAAGACGAAAUCGAACUAGAACAAGAAGAAAGAAGGCAAAGACACAUCUUGAACAAAGAAUUCAAGAGCUUUGCAAGUAAGAUUUCUGACGCUUCUGAAGGUCGUUUGACCGUCGACACUCCUUUCCGCGAAUUGGGAUUCAACGGUGUACCGCAUCGUAACAAUGUUCUUUUGCAACCGACAACUGAAUGCUUGGUUCACUUGACUGAUCCACCAUUCUUUGUUACAACACUUUCAGAGAUCGAGAUUGUUCAUUUGGAACGUGUUUCUUAUGGACUGAAGAAUUUCGACAUGGUGAUCAUUAAUAGCGAUUUCUCACAAGCACCAGUUCACAUCAAUUCGAUCGAUGUAAAGAAUUUGGACGCCAUUAAAGAGUACUUGGAUUCUUGCGAUAUUUGCGUUUCUGAAGGACCUGUCAACUUGAAUUGGCCUCAAAUCUUAACACAAAUCAAACAAGAUCCAUACGGAUUCUUUGAAGAUGGUGGAUGGAGCUUCUUAUCGACAGAAAGUGAUUCUGAAGAUAAUGACGAAGAUGCAUCGGCAAGCGGAAGUGAUUUCGGCAAUGAAGUUGGCGAAUCAGACGUUUUCGAUGAUGAAAGUAGCGAAGAUGAAGAGAGUGACUUUGACGAAGAAUCGGAUGAAGGAAGCGGAAGUGAUUUCGAUGAAGAUGAAAGUGAAGGAGAAGAUUGGGAUGAACUUGAACGUAAAGCAAAGAGAGCUGAUGACAAAAAGCGCGAUGAUGCCAGUAGUGAUGAAGAUCGCAAAGGACGUAAAAAAGGAGGCGGUAAACGUCGUUGAGAUUGUAAAUUCCUUAGUUUUCAAUUGUCAUUUCUGUAUCACCUUAAUAGCCAUGGAGUGAAAAACGA